CCUGAAUUGUUCGUGGGGCGAUGCAGCAGUCGCGGGCUGUGGGAUGAAGGCACCGGGGCUCCUUUGAGCGACACAUCCCGGCGUGUGCUUAAUCCGAAAUUCACGAGUCCUGGGAUUUGUAUCGAAUGUAUUUAAAUGAUCGCAGAUCAAGUGGAAUCUGAAGGAUGCAUGUAGCUGAUCUAAGGAUGUUGUUAACCUGUUUGAUGGCAAAAAUGGCGGUUGGCGCGAAAACAAAAAGACGUGCCCAGGGUAUGGCAUUUGUAGCCCUUCUCGACAGAAUCUGAACAGAACAGAAUCACUGGACUGAUGGCCGCAGGGUUUCAAAUAACGGUGCAUUGGAGAAGGGGCCCUUCGAGGUGGUCUCACUGCCGGAAACGAGGGGCAGAUGGUAGCCUGAGACCCCAUGAUGAUCCGGACUCCACUGUGUUUGAUGAUGGAGAGAAAAGGAAACACAGCCACAGAUCCGCAACCAGCGAUUUCAGGCCAGCUAGUUUCACCACUCCAGAGAGCGAGGGUCCUGUGCCGAGGAGUUUGGACUGGGGAAGUGAAGUGGAGAGGGAUGAGUUGCGGACAGACGUCAGAAGGGACAUGCAGAGGUAUAGGAGGAGAAUCUUGGUAAAUGACUUCAAUGAAAGGGAAAGAAAAACCUCUUCGGGAAGUUCUGAUUCCAGGGACUCUCCUGUACCAACUGAAAUGGAGACUGAUGAGGCGGUGCUGAUGAGAAGACAAAAGCAGAUAAACUACGGGAAAAACACAAUUGCCUAUGACCGAUACAUCCGAGAAGUUCCCAAACAUCUUCGCCAGCCAGGGGUGCACCCUAGGACUCCUAACAAGUUCAAGAAGUACAGCCGGCGGUCUUGGGACCAGCAGAUCAAGCUGUGGAGAGUGAAACUGCAUCAGUGGGAUCCUCCAGUGCAGGAAGGCAGUGACCUGCAGGCCAUUGAGGAGAUUGAUCUUGAUGACGUCAUGGAGACGGAGUCAGGGGCCAGUAGCUCAACAGAAUCUGGGGCAAGUUUACAGUACCUGAAAGCCAGCAAAGCCCCUGCAUCAACACCUGAAGACUCUUGCUGUGUGACUCCAAGCAAGAUGAUGCGACUGGAAUCCCAGGUGGACGGUAGCUUUAAUCUGGAGGCAUGCUUGAACGAAAUUCAGGAAAAUUCCAGCUGGCUGACUUCGUAACGUGCCGCUUGGCCCUUCGUUGUGCAUGAGAUCACCCUGGAAAAAAAAAAACCCUCCAAAGGAGUCGGCUUCGCAGGAUUUGCGGGCACCCGAACGAAAGCAUUUGCCGCACUCAGUAGCGAGGGCUGUGCGGGUGGAAACCAGGCCCGUGUGGAAAGAGGACAUGUCUCAUGCAUCGUUGUGUCCCAUCAUGUGUGGUUUUGUUUCUCUGGGCAAAUCGAUCAGUGCCUGCUAAUACUGGGGCUGACAGACAGUGAAAACUCUCGCCUGCCACCGUUACUGUCCAGAAGUCCCGUGUGUGCAAAAUGUUUUUUGAAAAAACUUUGUAGCAAAGAAUUCAGUUUGUGUUUGUGUAAAUAUUAUGUAACUUUUUAUCGUGAUUUGUUUUCGUAAAUGCGGUGUUUCAUUUGGUCAAAAAAAAAGUGUUCUGGUGUCCGAGUUUUGGUGUAUGUGCUAGUUUGGGGAAAAGGUCUUGCUCGUGCCUACUGAGAUGUAUUUAAUAGAACGUGAGCAAAGGGGAUGUGCUAGCAAGGGCCAAUUUCAGCUUUUUUGAUUUAAAAGUUAUUAAAGCAGAAUAUUGGGUAUGCAUUGUACAACUGCCAGUUACCUAAUAUUCCUGGUGAAGUUUUUACACUAAGGACUUCCUCUUACCGAGGUUCAACUGUGGACCUGGAAUUUACAAAUCUUUUUUUCCCCAGACACUGAGUGAGGACAGGAUCCAAUUCAGAGCAAAAUGCAGAGUUCUGUUUUUCCUGUUUCUGAUCCUAUCGUGUUGCAUUUAGUAUUUCCUGGUCAAACAAAAUCUUAAGAUACCUGUCUAAAUCUUCAUUUUAAAGCCUCAGUUUUAAGAUUUAUUGCACUGGACUGACCUUUAGCUGUAGGUUGCAAUGAUGUUUACAAACUGGUCCACCACUAAAAAAGGAGGCAAAUGCUUCCAUGCAGUUUGAUCUUUAAGAGUUAAUUUUCUUAGUGUUCUGUAUUGCAGUGUUCAUGCUUUCAGUGUAGUUUUAAAGGACAAACAGCAAUUUCUCAACUUGCAGUCCUUCAUUAGUAGUGUACAAAAGGUUUGGUUGCAUUAUUUUUGUAAGAACGCAUUUGGGCUUUAGGUAACAUUUGCAUAGAUAUAACUAUUUCAGAUUGCUAUUUUGAAAUGCAAAUAAAAUGGUUUUGAUAUACCAAAA